AUGAUUCAUCUUUUAACAGACGACAUUCUGAACCGGUAUGAAAUCGGCAGAAUGCUUGGUAGAGGAGGAUUUGGAUCUGUCUAUGAAGGGAAACGAUUGGCGGAUGACCUUGAGGUGGCUGUGAAAAUCGCCAGAAAGCCACGGAACAUGAAAUACAUUUCCAUUCCUGGUCAUCCCGCACCCCUUCCAUUAGAGGUCGGCCUGUUGGUCCUUGCUAACAGGGGCCCCAAAGUUCCAGAGAUCAUUGAGCUGCUGGACUGGCAGGACCAACCUGACCAAUACAUCAUGAUCUUGGAGCGUCCCUCACCCUGCCAAGAUCUCUGGGAUUUUGUGGAGAGUCACGGCGGCACUCUCAAUGAGGACACAGCACGGUAUAUAAUGACGCAGGCAACAAUGGCCGCUCACAUGUGCUGUUCCCGUGGAGUUUUCCACCGAGACAUUAAGUUGGAGAACCUGCUAAUAAACACAGACACACUUGAAGUCAAACUGAUUGACUUCGGGUGCGGGGAUCUCCUGCAAGAAUCCGCCUAUGACGUCUUCUGUGGCACUCGAAAGUACCGUCCACCUGAGUACUUCACAGAGGGCAAGUACCACGGUAAACCAGCUACUGUGUGGUCUCUGGGAGUGCUAUUAUUCUUGCUGGUGUGUGGACGCUUUCCAGAACCCAGAGAUUUGCAGAGGAUUGAUGACGACGUCUGGUUUGAGCCUGGCUUGUCAAAUGGUAAGAUGACAUUCAUCACAACAAAGAAGACCAAUUGUAAUUUGAAUCAUACAAAACAAAGAAACAAGGAAAAAGUAACACCCGAGCCAAGUGGCUUUAUAAAAGAUGGAUAAUGUGGAUAAAACAUGAAUUUUUCUUGAUUUUCUGAACAUACAGUAUAGAAUAGUCAAAUCUUACAGCUUAAUACAAAGACAGCAGGUGUAAAGUUUAAAGUAAUAAUCUGACUUUCUUCCAUCGUUCUCACAGAAUGCUGCCAUCUGAUUCGAUCGCUCCUGCAGAAAAACCCAAGCUGGCGGAUUGAUUUGAAGAAAAUCAUUUUCCAUGAAUGGUUUAUGGUAUUGAGCCUAAGAUCAGCUACAAAUGAUUUUGAAGAUAUAUUUGCUUUUCAUUUUAAAGUUUUUCUUUUUUUUUUUUAAAUUCCCUAUUUCCCC